GCGCGUGGCCCGCCCUGCGGCUCUGGAGGGCACGGGAGGGCGCGCGCGCGCUCGCGCGGGGCCGCGCCCUCCCGCACACGCUCCCGUUUGCAAGCUCCGUCACCCGCGCGGUCUCCACAGGCGGAGCGCGUCCCGGCCUCGCCGCGCUGCGGCUCGGCCCUGAGACUGGUCCAGAAAACAUGGCUACCGCAAUUAGGGAGGUGGGAGUUUGGAGACAGACCAGAACACUCCUACUGAAGAAUUACUUAAUUAAAUGCAGGACUAAAAAAAGUAGUGUUCAGGAAAUUCUUUUUCCACUCUUUUUUUUAUUUUGGUUAAUAUUAAUUAGCAUGAUGCAUCCAAAUAAGAAAUAUGAAGAAGUUCCUGAUAUAGAACUUACCCCUAUGGACAAAUCUGUUCUCUCUAACCUAAUUCUUGGAUAUACUCCAGUGACUAAUAUUACAAGAAACAUCAUGCAGAAAGUGUCUACUGAUCACCUUCCUGAUGUCAUAAUUACUGAAGAAUAUACAAGUGAAAAAGAAUUGUUAGUAUCCAGUCUUUCUAAGCCCAACAACUUUGUAGGUGUGGUUUUCAAAGACUUCAUGUCCUAUGAACUCCGUUUUUUCCCUGAUAUGAUUCCAGUAUCUUCUAUUUAUAUGGAUUCAAGGGCUGGCUGUUCAACAUCAUGUGAGGCUACUCAGUACUGGUCCUCAGGGUUCACAGUUUUACAAGCAUCCAUAGAUGCUGCUAUUAUACAGCUGAAGACCAAUGUUUCCUUUUGGAAGGAGCUGGAGUCCACUAAAGCUGUCAUUAUGGGAGAAACUGCUAUGGUUGAGAUAGACACCUUUCCCCGAGGAGUCAUUUUAAUAUACCUAGUGAUAGCAUUUUCACCUUUUGGUUACUUUUUGGCAAUUCAUAUCGUAGCAGAAAAAGAGAAAAAAUUAAAGGAGUUUUUAAAGAUAAUGGGACUUCAUGACACUGCCUUUUGGCUUUCAUGGGUUCUUCUGUAUACAAGUUUGAUUUUCCUUAUGUCCCUUCUUAUGGCAGUCAUUGCAACAGCUUCUUCAUUAUUCCCUCAAAGUAGCUGCGUUGUGAUAUUUCUACUUUUUUUCCUGUAUGGGUUAUCAUCUGUAUUUUUUGCUUUAAUGCUGACACCUCUUUUUAAAAAAUCAAAACAUGUGGGAAUAGUUGAAUUUUUAGUCACUGUGGCUUUUGGAUUUGUUGGCCUUUUGAUAGUCCUCAUGGAAAGUUUUCCCAAAUCAUUAGUGUGGCUUUUCAGUCCUUUCUGUCAAUGUACUUUUUUGAUUGGUAUUGCACAGGUCAUGCACUUAGAAGAUUUUAAUGAAGGUGCUUUAUUUUCUAAUUUGACUGAAGGCCCAUAUCCUCUAAUUAUUACUCUUGUCAUGCUAGCACUUAAUAGUAUAUUCUAUGUCCUCUUGGCUGUCUAUCUUGAUCAAGUCAUUCCAGGGGAAUUUGGCUUACGGAGAUCAUCUUUAUAUUUUCUAAAGCCAUCAUAUUGGUCAAAAAGCAAAAGAAAUUAUAAGGAGUUAUCAGAGGGCAAUGUUAACGGAAAUAUUAGUUUUAGUGAAAUUGUUGAGCCUGUUUCUUCAGAAUUUGUGGGAAAAGAAGCCAUAAGAAUCAGUGGUAUUCAGAAGACGUACAGAAAGAAAGGUGAAAGUGUGGAGGCUUUGAGAAAUUUGUCAUUCGACAUAUAUGAAGGUCAGAUUACUGCAUUACUUGGUCACAGUGGAACAGGAAAGAGUACUUUGAUGAAUAUUCUUUGUGGACUAUGCCCGCCUUCUGAUGGAUUUGCAUCUAUAUAUGGACACAGAGUCUCAGAAAUAGACGAAAUGUUUGAAGCAAGAAAAAUGAUUGGUAUUUGUCCACAGUUAGAUAUACACUUUGAUGUGUUGACAGUAGAAGAAAACUUAUCCAUUUUGGCUUCAAUCAAAGGAAUCCCAGCCAAUAAUGUAAUACAAGAAGUACAGAAAGUUCUACUGGAUUUAGACAUGCAGGCUAUCAAAGAUAACCAAGCUAAAAAGUUAAGUGGUGGUCAGAAAAGAAAACUGUCUUUAGGAAUUGCUGUUCUUGGGAAUCCAAAGAUACUAUUGCUAGAUGAACCAACAGCUGGAAUGGAUCCCUGUUCUCGUCAUAUUGUUUGGAAUCUCCUGAAAUACAGAAAAUUUAAUCGGGUGACAGUGUUUAGUACCCAUUUCAUGGAUGAAGCUGACAUUCUUGCUGAUAGGAAAGCUGUCAUAUCACAAGGAAUGUUGAAAUGUGUUGGUUCUUCGAUUUUUCUCAAAAGUAAAUGGGGGAUUGGCUACCGCCUAAGCAUGUACAUAGACAGAUAUUGUGCCACAGAAUCUCUUUCAUCCCUGGUUAAACAACAUAUACCUGGAGCUACUUUAUUACAACAGAAUGAUCAACAACUUGUGUAUAGCUUGCCUUUUAAGGACAUGGACAAGUUUGCAGGUUUAUUUUCUGCUCUAGACACUCACUCAAAUUUGGGUGUUAUUUCUUAUGGUGUCUCCAUGACAACUUUGGAAGAUGUGUUCUUAAAGCUAGAAGUUGAAGCAGAAAUUGACCAAGCAGAUUAUAGUGUAUUUACUCAGCAGCCACCAGAGGAGGAAGUGGAUUCAAAAUCUUUUGACGAAAUGGAGCAGAGCUUACUUAUUCUUUCCGAAGCGAAGGCUUCUCUAGUGAGCACCAGGAGCCUUUGGAAACAGCAGGUGUACACGGUAGCAAAGUUUCAUUUGCUUACUUUGAAACGGGAAAGCAAAUCAGUGAGAUCAGUGUUGCUUCUGCUUUUAAUUUUUUUUGCAGUUCAGAUUUUUAUGUUUUUGGUGCAUCGCUCUUUUAAAAAUGCUGUGGUUCCCAUCAAACUUGUUCCAGACCUGUAUUUCCUAAAACCUGGAGAUAAACCUCAUAAAUACAAAACAGCUCUGCUUCUUCAAAAUUCUACUGACUCCGAUAUCAGCGAUGUUAUUAGCUUUUUCACAAACCAGAACAUAAUGGUGACAAUGUUUAAUGACAGUGACUAUGUGUCUGCUGCUCCCCAUAGUGCAGCUUUAAAUGUGAUGUAUUCAGAACAGGACUAUGUUUUUACAGCUGUUUUCAACAGUACUAUGGUUUGUUCUUUACCUGUAUUGAUGAAUAUUAUUAGUAAUUAUUAUCUUUACCACUUAAAUGUGACUGAAAGCAUCCAGGUUUGGAAUACUCCAUUCUUUCAAGAAAUUACAGACAUCGUUUUUAAAAUCGAGCUGUAUUUCCAAGCAGCUUUGCUUGGAAUCAUUGUGACUGCAAUGCCACCUUACUUUGCCAUGGAAAAUGCAGAGAAUCAUAAGAUCAAAGCUUAUACUCAACUUAAACUUUCAGGGCUUUUACCGUCUGCAUAUUGGAUUGGACAAGCUAUUGUUGAUAUCCCCAUAUUUUUUCUUGUUCUUAUUUUGAUGCUAGGAAGUUUAUUCGCAUUUCAUUAUGGAUUAUAUUUUUAUGCUAUAAAGUUCCUUUCUGUGGUUUUUUGCCUUAUUGGUUAUGUUCCAUCAGUCAUUCUGUUUACCUAUGUUACUUCUUUCACUUUCAAAAAAAUUUUGAAUACCAAAGAGUUUUGGUCAUUCAUUUAUUCUGUGACAGCAUUGGCUUGCAUUGCAUUCACCGAAAUCACGUUCUUUAUGGGAUACACAGUUACGGCUGUUCUCCAUUAUACCUUUUGUAUGGCCAUUCCAAUCUAUCCACUUCUAGGUUGUCUGAUUUGUUUCAUAAAGAUUUCUUGGAAGAAUAUUCGAAAAAAUGAGGACACGUAUAAUCCAUGGGAUAGACUUUUGGUGGCAGUUAUAUCGCCUUACCUGCAGUGCAUACUGUGGAUUUUCCUCUUACGGUACUACGAGAAAAAAUACGGAGGCAGGUCGAUACGGAAGGAUCCCUUUUUCAGGACCCUUUCAACAAAGUCCAAAAAUAGGAAGUCUCCAGAACCACCAAACAAUGAGGAUGAAGAUGAAGAUGUCAAAGCUGAAAGACUGCAGGUCAAAGAGCUAAUGAGCUGCCAGUGUUGUGAGGAGAAACCAGCCAUUAUGGUCAGCUGUUUGUAUAAAGAAUAUGAUGACAAGAAAGAUUUUCUUCUUACAAGAAAAGUAAAGAAAGUAGCAACUAAAUAUGUCUCUUUCUGUGUGAAAAAAGGAGAGAUCUUGGGGCUACUGGGUCCAAACGGUGCGGGCAAAAGCACAAUUAUCAAUAUUCUGGUUGGUGACAUUGAACCAACUUCAGGCCAGGUAUUUCUAGGAGAUUAUUCUUCAGACCCAACUGAAGAUGAUGAUUCCAUUAAGUAUAUGGGAUACUGUCCUCAGAUAAACCCACUGUGGCCAGACAUUACAUUGCAGGAACAUUUUGAAAUUUACGGAGCUGUAAAAGGAAUGAGCACGAGUGACGUGAAAGAAAUCAUAAAUCGGAUAACAAAUGCACUUGAUUUAAAAGAACAUCUUCAGAAAACUGUAAAGAAACUACCUGCAGGAAUCAAGCGAAAGUUGUGUUUUGCCCUGAGUAUGCUGGGGAACCCUCCCAUUACUCUGCUAGAUGAACCAUCUACGGGUAUGGACCCUAAAGCCAAACAGCACAUGUGGCGAGCAAUUCGAACUGCAUUUAAAAACAAAAAGCGGGCUGCUAUUCUGACGACUCAUUAUAUGGAAGAAGCAGAGGCUGUCUGUGACCGAGUGGCUAUCAUGGUAUCUGGGCAGUUACGGUGUAUUGGGACCGUCCAGCAUCUGAAGAGUAAAUUUGGAAAAGGCUACUUUUUGGAAAUUAAGUUAAAGGAAUGGGUGGAAAACCUAGAAGUAGACCGCCUUCAAAGAGAAAUUCAGUAUAUUUUCCCAAAUGCAAGCCGUCAGGAGAGUUUUUCUUCUAUUUUGGCUUAUAAGAUUCCUAAGGAAGAUGUUCCAUCCCUUGCACAGUCUUUUUCUAAGCUGGAAGAAGCUAAACAUACUUUUGCCAUUGAAGAAUAUAGCUUUUCUCAAGCAACACUGGAACAGGUUUUUGUAGAACUCGCUAAAGAACAAGAGGAAGAAGAUAAUAGUUGUGGAACUUUAAACAGCACACUGUGGUGGGAAAGAACACAGGAAGACAGAGUAGUAUUUUGAAUAUGUGUUGUUCAGUCUGCUUACUGAAUUUAUUUCUUGUUUACUUUAUUUUUAACUUUGGUUUAAGGGUGUAUUAUUUGAAUGGUGACUGAAGAACCAUGGAAGCACUUGAGAUCUUCCUGAGUUCCUUAAUUGAAAUGCUGUGGUUGUGUGUUUCGCUUUUCUUCAAAUAAAACUUGUGUAUAAAUUAUUGAAACUGCAUGUUUGUACACGAAGUCUGUUGAACUGCAGUCUGUAUGUGAGGUUGGAUAUUUACUUUUUUACCUUUCAAAAAACAGUGCUUCUAAAUUUAUGAUUUAAAGAAAUAGUGAUAGAAUAAUUUUGUUUGUAAGUUAUCUUUAUUUUUAAAUUUAUACCCUCUUUUUCUGUAAGUAUAUAGUAUCCCAGUCUAAGUAAAAAACUAAUGCAUAAAUGAUUUACAAAAAAGAAGAUACAAAGCAGAAGUUCCUUGCUUCUCCUUUUUAAUUUCUAAAGAAACUUUGAGUGGAAGUUGGCAUCCCUGGAAGCUAAGUAAACAUUGGGCAGUCUCCACGCAGAUAGAGGGGCCUUCCACUAGGUGGCACUCAUCCACCAUCUGAAGGAAAUGAGACCUCGUUCUAUUAGGUGAUGUUAGACAUCGGGCUUCAGGUAUUUGAAUGCUUACAAUAAAAUUCCCAGUGGUUUUCGUUGUAAUUAAAAGAAGGCUGUGUCUAGAAUUUUAUUAUGUAAUAGACUGAUGCCAGUUAGAAACGACAUCAUCUGUACAGUUGGAAGAAUCAGCCAUACCUUUUCCUGCACCCCUCAUGGCAUAUAUAAAUUUUUUGGUCCGCUUUCUCUCAAAGGGCACAUUUUAUUUUAUUAUAGAAUAAAAUAAUUUGUUGGGUAAUCAUUUUUGUUGGUAAACUUUAUUAUUUGAACCUUUAUAGAGUUUUAAAGUGUAUCUGUAUAGAUUUAUUUAGUACCUCACCUCAGAUUCUCCCACUUUGGUGGGAGAUAAAUAAACUUUGGGGGAUUAAGUUAAGGAUUAGAAGCAAACUAUACAUAAUUUACUUUAAUGAGAAACCAGAAUUUCACUCUAUCAGUUGAAGUAAGGUUAUUGUCGAUAUAAUCUUGGAAAUACUUCUUUGUAGAACUCAUGUGUGGACUCUAGGUAUAAUAUAGUAUAAAUAAUACUAGCUGAUAUUCUGUUUCAACCAGAUGAAUGAAAGUAUUAACUUAAAUACAUUUAAAAAAUGUAUUGGGAGUAUGAUUAUUGCAUUACAGAGAAUCUCAAAAAUCAACAGCCAUGACAGAAGAAUUUGGUACUGAGUUACUUUAAAUAGCCAGACCCUUUAAUGAAAUAAUAUUAAUUAUUUACUUAGGUAAACUUAAUCAACUUUUCACACUCCUGUGUCAUAAGACAUCUGUGGUUUUAGGCUCUAGCAGCUGAUUUAAAAUAGUGUUCCUUUCUCAGCACAAGGUGCGUGACUGAUACUUUACCUACUACUGUUUGGCUGUACACAUUCCUAAAGAUGCCUGCGUUUCAAGCUAUCUCUGAGGUCUUGUCCCUGAUCUCAAUGGGCUGUCUCACGAUCUCUGCUUGGAUUUUACAACCCACGACGAAGUUAUCUCUCCGCGUAAGAUUUAGUCGGCACCAGCUUCUAAUGUUCUAUCAGGAACUGACAGCCACUUGCCUCAUAAUACCAAGCGUUUGGAUUCUUCACCUGAGGAUCUCACUUUUGCAUCUUUAGUAAAAGUUGUAACUUUUACUGAACUUUAGUCCUGCAUGAUGAAUACAGCUCAACACACAUUGGAAAGAAGAUCUUUAUUUUUGUGGAUAAUAAAUAGCACGUUACAUUUUCUCAGCAAGUCAUCGCUAAAUGGUGCCGUAAAUUUGGGGAGAUACCUUUCAGUAUCUAGUGUUGAUAUAAAUACGCAGGGUCUUCUUUAUUGGGGGUAUGUUUUUGUAGCUACGUGUUGCCUGGAGCACUGCAACUCCGUGCAAGAGACAGAACAAUCUGCAGUUUGCCAGGACAGUCGCUGAAAAGGUAGUUUCUUAGAACCUGACCCUACUGAGGAAAGUGUGUAAUUUUAAGGAGUGUGGCCAACAUAGAGCAUUACCUCCUUCUGCACACUGAUUUCGUCAUGUUUGCUUUGCAUCUGUGAAUAUGUGACUGAUGGAAAGGAAAAUGAGAGGUGAGGUUACGCUGAGUAGUUGUAAUCAAGUUCUUACCUGUUACGUUUGUUCGGUUACUUUACUGUUGUGCGCUUGUAAGCAUUUUCUCGAAAAGACACGAAUUAAUUUUUUACUUUUUACACAGAGUGAAUAUAUUUUGGUUAUGAAUUAAAUUAUUUGUAGGAGUGUUUUCCCUUUUUCACAGUAGUAAAAUCUUCCCUAUUCAAAAGUAUAAUUUUUUAAAAGUUUUUAUUUAAAUUCCAGAAGUAGAAUUUAACUAAUAUUUAGGAAAGCCAGGGCAAGUGGGGUGAAGAAAAGGAGACAGAAAGUUAAAUAGGAAGUCUGUUUUUCUUUCUAGUGUACCGUUUGUGUUUUUGAACAUUCUUAAAUUACUGAUCUAAAUUUUUUUCCCAUACCAAUAACACAUGUGCAUAAAUACAUACAUUAGGCAAAAUUUGGGUAAAACAGCAUCACCUAGUUUAUACUUUCCAUCUACAAUAAAAUGUUAAAGUAAACCCUGGACUUCACUGAGUGACUCCGUUUACUGACUAAUGAGGCAAACCUCUGUGUGCAGCUGUUAGGGACUAAACAGAUGGUAGCAGUGAAAACAUUACAAUGAGUGUAUUUUAUGUUUCACUUUGUGGGCUCUUGAUUUUUCUUUUUUUUCCAGUUUUCAGUAGAGAACAACAAAAGCCGUAGGUUUUCUUUAACAUUUUUCUUUUAAAUGGGCACAGACUGCCUUAAGUCAGUACUUAAAUUUUAAUCAUUAAAAUAUUUUUAGAGUAAUUUAAUUCAACAGACAUUUUAGUGACUGUCUUUCAAGCCAGUGGGUUCUUUGGAUGCAAGGAUGACCAUCCAUUUUGGCCCUGUAAGGUCAUACAGUCCAGUAGAGGAAGAUCAAUACCCAUAUAAUAUAAUAGCACAAAUGCUUUGCUAGUGGUACUGACACUUUUAUCGGAGCACAAUUAAGUCUACUUAGGGUCAGUGUUGUCCUUGUUUUUAUUGUUGUUCUGUUGGUCAUACAUUUUAUUCUGAUUGUACUAUGAAUUUGAUGAAACACUAUACUGUAUUUUCAUAUAAUACCUAAGUAGGCAUUAAUUUUUGCAAAAUAGGAAUGCUUAUCCUUAAUGUAUUUUUAAUGUUGCUAAUACCAACUUUUCAUUUUCUCUCCUGAAAGAACGUGUUACGUACAGUGAAAGAAUUUAUUCUCAGGUGAAUAAUUUUUAUAUCAGCUAUUCUUAUAAGGUAAAAGUUUACUUAUUUUUUAUUCAUGAUGUGAUACAUGUAAUUCUCAGUGCUACUCUUUAAGAAAAAUAAAUACUAUCAAUAAUAAGCUUUAAGAACUGAAAAUUUAAGAUAACCUUUCAUUUUGUAUACUAAAAUGGGUUUUUU